AUGGCCCAGGACGAGGCUUUACAGUCCCUCCAGCGCACCAUCUGGCAAGCCCGACUGCCGCUGGAGAUUCGACUAGCUGCUUCAGAAUGUCGUACCUUUGACGGCGCCGACCCUUACCUGAUUGCUUUUCCUCGUUUGUCGUAUCUUCCACUGCUUCUGCCGCGCCUUCACACCUUCUUUUCGCCUUCACUGAUCGCCGACGCCGAGACAAUAUCACCCUACGCGGGCUAUUUCACAUUUGACAAUGUCCCCUUGAAAUGGCAUCUUCCGUUAGGGCUGCUCUACGAUGUCUACGUGGUGUCGACCCAAGAUGCCCGACCAGAUCCAGCAUCUUCCGACCCUCUACCCUUCAAGCUAACGUUACAUUUUUCGGCCGACCCGGACAAGCCAAUGCUGCCAGAUGCAAGCCCCGUUGUCCUGCAUGACUCUUUUAUCAAUUCCGUCAAAGAGGCCGACUUUUUGAGAUCUGGCACCGCGAAACCCAUCAUGACCUUGUCCGCUCAGGAGAGCAAGGCUCUGUGGACCUCGACCCAAGACAACGAUUUGCCAACCUUCACGAGGAUCCAUGGCUCUUUGGUGCCAACACCGGGCCAGAUGAGACAUAUCCCUUUGCGACUGUACUUACCCUCUGCACCGGACCAAGACCCGAGCAAAGCUCAAGUCAAAGUGCUGCAGUCACACAUUCCACCCACUGUCGCCGCAGCUGGAACCCAGAACUUGCCUACCGCUGUGCGAGGCGCUCCUGCAGGACAACCUCAAACAUUGGGGACGGCCUUGCAUCAGCUUGUGCCCAGCCUGUUUCCAUCUCGGAGGACGCCAAUCCUGGCCACACCGCUUCUACAUGGUGCACCCGUCCCUAUGAGCACUCACCUGGAAGAGCUAGCCAGAUGGGGCUGCUAUGCAGACGGCUGGUUGUCGGUGGUGAUAGCCAUGCGUGGGUAG